CUGAGCGUAAUUCUGGUCGCUCUCGAGGGUGAGUGCACAAUUUGCUCGAUUGAGUGCGAUUUGUAUUUGGUGAUGCAUGCUAACUUUGUUCCAGUUUCGGCUAUGUCGAGUUCACCAACGCUGCCGAUGCCAAAAAGGCCUACGAGGGCAAGAAGGAUGCCGAGAUUGAUGGUCGCAAGAUCAACCUGGACUUUGCUAAACCCCGUGACUCCAACGACCGUGAUCCCAAGGAGAAGGCUCAGGCUCGGGCCAAAUCCUUUGGUGACCAAACCAGCCCCGAGAGCGACACCCUGUUCAUUGGCAACAUCGCCUUCAGCGCCAACGAGGAUGCGAUCCGCAAGAAGUUCCAGGACAAGGGUAAAAUCGUGGGCAUCCGACUGCCGACCGAUCCUGAGUCGGGACGUCCCAAAGGCUACGGCUACAUCCAGUUCUCCUCCGUCGAUGAGGCGCGUCAGG